AUGAGCAAUCCUGAGCAGAGGACUCCUAGGAGAAAGGCAGCACUAAAUCAGAUUGGUGCUGGAGGAAGGGCACAAGAGGAUCCUAGAUUGGACAAGAUCCUGCAAGCCCUAGAGACUAUGGUGGGGCAGCAAGCUCAGAACCAAGCAAAUGCUACUGCUGUUGCCGUCGCACCUGUUGAUGUCCCGCUAGCUAGGAACGGGAUUGGGGAUCGACCAAUGCACAAACUGGUCGAACAAUUUCUGAAAUUAAAGCUGCCGAAGUUCUCUGGCGCAGGUGAUCCGGAGGCAGCAACCCUCUGGGUUAGAGAAUUGGAAAAAGGUUUCGCCGUAUUAAGAUGUUCUGAGGAGGAAAAGGUGAUGUUAGCGGUUUACCAGUUACAGGGUAACGCUAGCACUUGGUGGGAAGCCACACAGAGAAGAGUCUUUCUCAAAGGUACGGUUCCGGGGUGGAAUGCCUUUGUGGAAGCGUUUAAUGGAAAAUAUUUCUCAGACUGCACAAAGGAGCAGAAAAUGGUUGAGUUCCAACAAUUUCGUCAGAAUCAUUUGUCGAUUGAUCAGUAUGAGGCGAAGCUCGCCGAGCUGUCUAAGUAUGCCCCGAGAUUGGUCAAAAACCCGAUUGACAAAGCAAGGAGAUUCCGAGAUGGUCUAAAACUGGAAAUCAAGGAUCAGCCGGUGCCCUUGAAGCUGAAAGAUUAUGAUGAGCUGUAUGAGCGAGCUCAGCUGAUUGAAAGGAAUAUAGCCGAACGUGCAGUCGCAUCUGGAUCGCUGUUCACACCUAAUAGGGAUAAUCGUCGGUUCGGGAAGGGACCAAUGACUGGGAGAAGGCAUGGGAAUGGCCCUUGCCCAAGCAAGCCAGUAACUUGUUUCAACUGCGGCCAACAAGGCCACUUUUCGAGAAGUUGUCCCCAUCAAGAGAUGCCACCUCAACAACCCCGAAUGGGACAGCAAGCUGGGAACGUCCCGCAGAACAAUUUGAACCGACCUCAAGUGCAAGGAAGGGUUUAUGUUGUCACGAGGAAUGUGGUGGAGGAUUCGCCUGCCGUGAUUACAAGUACGGUCUCAUUGCACGACCAUGCUGCAUAUGCCUUAUUUGAUCCAGGAGCUACACAUUCUUUUGUGGCUAAGCAGUUUGUUGAAUUAGUGGGGUUAAGCCCGAAACCGUUGGAAGCGGUUUAUAGUAUUUCUACCCCUUUAAAGGAUAACGUAGUAUCUGCAGUAGGAUGUACUGAUUAUAAACUGUCUGUUGAUGGUCAUGAAGAAAGCAUAGAUUUAAUUAUUCUGACGAUGUUCGAUUUCGAUUUUGAGCCUUUAGGGUGCGUUGGUUUUGAGUUUGUCGAGAAUCAAGGAGGACCUUCGAGUCCUUUGAUUUCGUCACUUGAAGUGACUCGACUAUUAGAUGAGGGUUGCCGAGGUUAUUUGGCAACCGUAGUGAAUACAUUGGUCGAGGGACCAAAGUUGGAAGACAUCGUCGUAGUGCGAGAGUUUGCAGAUGUUUUACCAGAGGAAUUGCCAAGAUUACCCCCAGAGCGAGAAAUUGAAUUCGUGAUUGAGUUGGCCCCUGGGACAGAGCCGAUUUCCAAGGCACCUUACAGAAUGGCGUUGUCGGAACUAAAGGAAUUAAAGCUUCAAGGAGCAUCGGUAUUUUCUAAGAUAGACCUGAGGACGGGUUAUCAUCAGUUGAGGAUCAAGAAGGAAGAUAUACCGAAGAUAGCAUUUCGAACACGUUAUGGUCAUUAUGAGUUUACUGUAAUGCCGUUUGGUCUAACAAAUGCACCUGCAACUUUUAUGGAUUUGAUGAACCGGGUGUUCAAAGAGUAUCUAGACCAAUUUGUGAUCGUGUUCAUUGAUGAUAUUCUGGAUUACGACUGCGACAUCCUAUAUCAUCCGGAAAAGGCUAACAAGGUAGCAGAUGUGCUUAGUCGAAAGUCGGCCAUCGCGCACCUAAUAAUUAAUGAAUGGACUCUACUUGAGAAAUUACGAGAUUCAGAGUUCAAGUUUGAGGUAGGUCACCUCUCAAGUCUGUUGGCUACUUUAAGAAUCGAGCCAGAGGUUCAGGCUAAAAUUAAGGCAUUGCAAUCAACGAAUCCUGAAAUUCAGAAAAUUCUGCAAGGAGAUGCGGAUAAGAGAAAGCCUGACUUUUGA